AUGGUACGUGAGCGCGAGUUCCCUACGCCCCUGGCCACCGCUCUCACCCGAGCCGCACAAACACCCCAACAACGCCAGGCGAACAUGCGCUUCGCGAAAGCGCAGGAGAAGAAGAUGGGACGACCCGAGCAAAUCAUCACCAAGAAGCAGGGCCCGCAGAAGUCACCAAUUAGCAAGAUCUGGAUUAUUCUCCUCGGCUUCGUACUCUGCGGUGGCGUUCUCUUCGAGCUCGUGAAGCUGUUCUUUUAA